AUGUCGGCUUGUUCAACGGGCGUCCAGGGGGAAUGGCUGGCAGGUGUGGCUCAGUCGGGAGAAAAUAGCCGUGGCCAAUCCACAGUCAAGAUGCUCCUCCACAGGGUUUGGGCUGAGAAUCCAAAUGACAAGUCACGCAAGGAUGCCGAUCGGCAUCCUCUAGUGGCUUGGACCCAGUGGCAACGGCAAGCCGGCAAUUCCUGA